AUGCAUCUCCACUUGUGCUCUGGCCGUGCGCUGAACGCCUUCGUGCGCCACUACGAGCCGCUCUCGUACGACCCUGUGGACGUGCACGGCCGAGCAACCCGCUGGAAGCGCUCGGCGUCCCGUGGUGUCCAGGAACAGAGCGUCGAGGUUGCCUUCAGAGCUCUCGAGAGGGAUUUCAGAUUGCGGCUAGUGCGCGACCGGUCUUCGUUCUCGGACGACUUUUCACUGGUAACGAACAAUGGCCCCGUUGACGUCAACCUUGACCACCUCUACUCCGGCCACGUCGUCGGAUCCCUGGACGAAAGCCACGUGGUGGGCGCCAUCAUGGACGGCGUGUUCGUGGGCCGCAUUGCAGUGCUGGGCGAAGAGUACCACGUGGAGCGCGCCAGUCGGUUCUUCCCCUCCGCCAACGGGUCCUCCUCGCCUGCUUUCCACUCGGUGCUCUACUCCGCUCGAGACGUUCUCACUCCUGGCGGAGGAGGCCCGCUCUGCGGUCUGCACGGCACCGCUGAACAAGCUAUGCACACGCUACGGAGCCGAUACCGACGCGGUACUCAACACGCCAGGAUGCACCGAUCGAAGCGCUCCCUGUCUCCACCCGACCUCGGCGCCGUCGACGGCCGCAACGCUUGGUUUGACGUGUACACGGCCUCGAACGACCAGCGUUUGCAGAAUGGCAGGAUUCCUUUAGGCGACACUGGGGCUGUCGUGUACAGCCCUUUCCUGGCGAAAGGGGCUCACGGUGAACAUUUGAUGCCGGGAGGCCGUCAACCCACCGUGGAUGUUGCUGGGGGCCGCCAGAACGAGCCUCGGCUGAAGCGCGUGUGCAACCUGGAAAUCAAUGUCGACCACACGCUGUACGGCGCCCUGGUGUCCGACAUGAGCGGCGACGAGGUCAAGGCACGGAACGAGCUCACCAACAUGAUCUCUACGCACACGGCGGCUGCCUCGGAGAUGUUCGGCAAAACCGACUUCGGAGGCAUCGUCGACAUCUCCUUCGCUGUGCAGAAGGUCAAGCUGGACGACUGCGAGGGCGUCCUGCGCGAGACGAACCUGUUGUGCCGCGAGAACCUGGACGGCGCCCAUCUGCUGUUCGUGUUCUCGCGCACCAACCACGACGGCUUCUGCGCCUCGGUGCUGUGGACGCACCGCGUGCUGCCAGACGGAAUGCUGGGAAUCGCGUUCGUCGCCGAGCCCGAAGGUGAUGCAUCUGCAUGGGUCCGCCUGCGCUCGGCCAUUACAAACGUGACAGGCCGCUUCAUGCGCCGGGUGUUUUUGUCACUGCAGCGGCUGUUCACCACGCAAAACUACCAGGCACCUUGA